UUCGUAGAGCAAAUGAUAAUAGAAAUCUGGAAAAAUUAGAUGCUAAUUGCUUUACAUUUUUUAUUUGUGUAUAUCGAAUGGGUGUAAAUUUUUUAAAAUGUUGCAAAUUGGUGAUUAAUUCAAAACCUUUUUUAGAUUAUUUUGAUGUUGCUUACUUCUAAUGUAAUAACUUAAAAUGGCUAGGAUGGGGAUUGUUUAUUUAGUAGCAUUUUGUUUAUUUCAAUAUGCUGUUGGUUUCGAGCAGCAUUUUCAGUUUUGUAACAACAACACAAAAGUGCGAAGCUGUACGCCCCAGAUACUAGGAGAGGGUAAUUCUGAUGAUGACAGCUGCAAACUCGAAAUUAUACCACCAAAUAGUUCAGAUUGUGUAGACAGUUUUGGUCCCAUAGAGAAUAAUGCUCAUAUUGGUGGUGUAAGCUUACACCCAUAUAUUUUACCAGUUGAAGUUAAAACCAGCACAGAAUAUCAUAGCAAUAACUAUACUGUGUUAAAUAUCACAUUCAGUAAUAUAAAGUGGAAAACAAUGAAGUUUCGUUUUCAAAAAUAUAAUAACAAAGAGAGUCACUGUAGGAACAUUGUAAUAUCUAAUGAUGUAACAUUUAAUGAUCAGUCAGUGCUAUAUUAUGAUUGUUAUUGGUCAUUGACUGAUGGUGACUAUAAUGGUCAAAGCCAUAUACUAGAUUUUGAGGCCACAGAUGAUUAUGUUGUCAAUAGAGGCAGAUAUUACUUCAACAUUCCAUCUGCGCAAAUGCUAAGCCCAACUAUUAGUGAAAAAGAUUGGAAACCAUUUGUUUACAUUGAAAUAUUAACACCAACUAUGAACCUGCAUAUAAUACCACCCCCAGCGCAACUAAAAAUACAUUCCUACCAAAUAGAUGUGAUGAAACAAUGUGAUCAUAAGAACCAAUGUGAGGAAUUAGUUAAAACCGCUAUCAUCAAAGUGAAGAAUAGUACAAAAGAAGUGACAUAUACCUAUAGUCUUCUGAAUUCACCUGGACUUUACUAUUUUAAAGUAACACCUCAGCAUGAAAAGUGUAAAGGACAAAUGUUAGAAUGCCAGUUUGUAGAAAGCCCAAGGAUUACAAUAAAAAGUGAGGUGCAUCAAGCUAUGAAUAUCUGCAUAGCAAGCAUAACGGCUCUCAUCCUGGCAACAUUGUUUAUUUAUUACAUAGUUCUACGCGGAAUUCGACGAUACUGGUGCAAGGAAUACGGCCAAGGUAGAUCUAAAAUUCCUCCACCAACAAAGGUCCUGAUAAUAUACCCGACUGCCAGCCGUCUCCACGCAGAAUGCGUAGCUUCCUUUGUCACCUACCUUCGUGCGGAAUACGGAUUCGAUAUUAUGUACGAUGGCGACAUUUCUACCACAUCGCACGGAGACCCCUACAUAUGGGCGGAAGAGGCUUUCAAACUCGCUUCUCACAUUGUCUACGUAGUUGGACCAGCUGAGGACACAAAUCUCUACAACAAUAUAUACGAUAAACCUAUCAUAACCGCCCACAAAGUCGAUCUUCUCCUGCUAUCCCUCCUCCGGUCCACAAAAACUUCGAAGCCCAAAAAGUAUGUCGUGAACGUAUUCUUCGAACACUCGGACGGCGAUAUACCAGUCGAAACGAGAAACGAUCGAGUUUUCUUCCUAAUAAAGGAUUGGCAAAAGUUUGUUGCGUACUUAUCGAGGAAUUUGUUGCCGAGGAAACAACUGAUGCGAACAGAGAAGGGUAAGUGCUUUUUGGACGAUUUGUCUAGGGCUAAGAAGUUGCUGAGCAACAGUCGUGACGAUCACGUCAUAAAGUUUGAUAAGAAUUGCGUUGAGAAGAAAGCUGUGCUGUGAAUUACGGAUUUUUAAAAUUCGAAAAAAGAAUUUCAUUGUUUUCUUUGUAAUAUAGAAAAUCGACUGUACUACAUUACACAGAUUACUAUUUUAAAUAUAAUACCUCUAUUAAUGUGUGUCAUCUGUCGUAAACAAAAGACGAACAGUAUAAUUUUGAAACUGGCAUAAAGUUAAACUAUUGCCAUUAUAUAAAAAAAAGAAAAACUAUAAUUUUACAGAUCUACUUAUUCUGAAAGGGUAUUUAUAUAUUUUAAUCAAAAACUUUUUUUUAAUUUACUGCAAUGGUUCUCACAAUACUUGCGACGGAUAAUUUUUGUAUGCGUAUGGUGUCUAUUGUGUAGAAUUUACCUUAUUUUUUUAUUAGAAUAUCAAUAAGUUUUGAUUUAAAAUAAAUAAUUUUAAGAUAAGUUAAAAAUUCUUGUAUUUUGUCUAAUUGAAUAUAUCCCCCUGUGAAUUGGGGAUACAACCGAGUUACUUCGGUUUAUAAUAUUUUUCAUAUCAACUUGAAUUCAACUUACCAGUAAAAUUCUCCAAUUGUUUUCCUAACUCUCCUUACAGAAUAAUAGAUAUACUUGCAGUAAUUAUAUGUAUAAUCAUUGUAUGUAUAUAAGGUGGAUUUUGCAGCUAAAAUGUUUAUGAUUGUAAUAAGUCUGGCCAUUUUCUAUUGAAAAAGAUAAUAUUUUUUGUCGUUGAGAAAUAUUAAUAUUGUUAUAAAUUGAUGGAAUAGGACAGGGGUAGUGAAAGUGAUAUUCAUGAAAGAAGUCUAGAACAUUCUUUAUGAAAAUAACUUGAAAAUCACGAAGUUUAAAAUUGUGUCUUCUAUGUGGUUCUAUCUUUGAUUAACCAUAAAUAAAAUAAUAUUUAUUAACUUCUGUAGUUAUAUAUUCAUUGUGGGAAUGUGUAAUAGACAUUAAACGAAGAGUAUUUAUGAGAAUUUGUGAAAGUUAUGGUUUGAAUUAAUCCCGACAAAAUUUUAAUUUUCAAUUACAAAAUUCGUUGUAGAUUUUUGCAUUUGAAUAUAUGUUAGAAAUUCCUUGUAGUAUAGUUUUCGGGAAGGGUUUAAACGUGUCGUGUUUAAAAUUUGUAAAAUUUUAAUAAUUUAAAAUCUGGUGUUUUCAAAAGCCAAAUACACUAGGGAGCAAAAAGUGUUUUGCGUUUAGAGGAUUUUUAUUUUCACUAUUGCUGUGGCCUACAGUAAAUGGUAGUUAAUAGAAUCGCCGCCCUGGGUUGUGACGAUUCCAGCAUAUAGAGUGAUCAAGCAAUGCUCUCCAGUGUAUUUGUAGCUUUGGCAUUGUGGUAGAGUAAAAUGUUUAAUUUGUAUAUGCAACAUACAGCUUUUUGAUUGUCAUAGUAUUCAGCCUUCAAAUUACUUGUGCCUCUACGCUAUACCCGAUGUUAACUCUUGACUUGUUCGGACUGCCAAGUGUCAACCCUCACCUUCGGCUCGGGUAGACAUUUGUCGGAACUCUUUGCAAUGACAGGCUUUCCGCACUUGUAAUGAAAUAUGCUAUUUCGGUUUAUCAAAUGCUUUACGUGUAUGACUUAUGACGAGUUCUAAAUUGUGCUCCUGAAUGGUAGAUGAUGUUGACUGUAUUUGCUUAAAAUUUAAAAACUUUUUUCUUCACCUUUUGUACAUAAUUCUAUUUUCACUUAUACAUUUGAUUAAAAAUUAUUUAGAUUUUCACUAUUACGUUGUUAAUCUGGCAUCAAUGAAUUUUUAAAUUUGUAGAGUAUAAUAGAUUCUUACCAGACUUUAAAUGGUACUAUCAGCAAUCAGCUUGUGAAUUUUCGAUUGCAGUAUUUUGUGUAAAUCCUAAACAAUAUUUAUCUCUACUGACAUUUGCUUAAAAUUUUACGUUUAUAAAACUAUUUCAAGAAUUCCCAUUAUAUUAAUAGUAUUUCGUAUUGUUUGUAUCAAAUGUUAUAUAUUAUUAGCUUGUAGCACAAAACUCUGUGCCACUAUGUCGAUUUCACUAAUAAUUAGUGUGAAACAUUAUACAUAAUAAUUAAACGAUAACAUACGUUUUUAAAUUACACUUUUAUUCGAUUUCGGUAAUAAUAAUACUAUUAGUAUUAUUAUUACUAAAAUUUCAACGAAUACAUCGUAAUCGGUUUUUAGUCAAUGUUGACUGCUGAUAGUAGAAUCUAAUCAAAUCGUUCAAUCGUUUAAAGUGCCAUAGCCACUAAAUUGUUGAGAUAAAUGUCCAAUAUACUAUUUUAUAAAUCACUAACAGAGUAUUUAUAGAUGUCACUUUAAAAUUCUUGUUGAUCUCAAAGUCUGUUAAAAUGUGUGUUCUCUUGUUAUACAGGACUUUUAAGCUCAAUAUAUUAUACUUGUGAUGUAUUUUUGUAAUAAACAUUAUUAAACAUU